AUGUCACAUCUAUUUAAGUGUGUGAUUCUCUUCAUCAUGCUGUGUACCACAGCUGCGAGGGAUUUCAAAGUUGGUGAUCACUUUGGUUGGCAUGUUCCUGAUCCCACUGACACUUCAUUCUACACGCAUUGGGCUGAAAGAAACAGGUUCCAAGUUGGAGAUUCUCUCGUGUUUGAGUACGAGAAUGACUCGGUUCUAAGUGUCGAGAAAUGGGACUACUUUCAAUGCGAUGCAAGUAACCCCAUCACAGCCUUUGACAAUGGCAAGAGCAUUCUCAAUCUUGAUAGCGCUGGUGCCUUCUACUUUAUCAGUGGAACCGCUCAUCAUUGUAGCAGAGGACAGAAGCUUCUUGUGGAGGUUAUGUCCCCACAACAUCAUCCAGUUCCAGUUCCAGAAUCCCCACCACCCUCUUUGCUUGCACCUCAAGGUAUCACGCCGUCGCCGAUGUCUCCUUCGCCUGAAGCCUUCUCCCCAGUGGCUUCAUCUCCUUAUGAUAGCAUAGAAGAAGAUUCAGCCUCUAUUAUGCUUAGUAGUUCAGCAGUUAUGGCUCCCUUUGCUACAUUUUUGGUUGUGUUACUCUUAGCACUCUGA